GACUGCAAAGCAACAAAAUGUGAUUAUUUUAAAGGGGGGUGAUUCUUCCUAUACAUCUGAGUCUUAGGAUGACUUAGCGGAAGGUUUCGGACAAUUUUUUGGCAUGUUAAGACUUUUUAGUUCUUUAGCACUGUGUUCUGAAAGUAUUUAAAAGGUUUGGUGACAGCACCACCUACUUAAAAAAAAAAGAUUUUCAACAAUUUAGUGUGAAAAAGUAAAAAUGAGGAAUCUAACAAUAACAGUUUUUCUAUGGUUGGCCAUAUUUUCUUGCCAAUUGUUUUUGUAAAAUAUUGUAGAAUCUUUUCAGCACUUUCUUGCAUCAGGAGAUACUUGAUAAGCACCAUCGGCACUAUGUUGUGAGGAUCUCUGAGUUGUUUUAGGACAGUUCCAUCUGUGAUCACCUUUUUUGCUACUCCUUCAAAUCCUAGUAAAUCCUAUACCAGUUUUCCCAUGGUCAGUCAUAUUGCCUUGCCAAUUUUAUUAUAAAAUAUUGCACAACCUUUCCUAAAGUAAAGAUGUAAAAUCUAACAAUACCAGUUUUUCCACAGCCGGGCAUAUUGCCUUGCCAAUUUUGUUGUAAAAUAUUGCACAAUCUUUUCUAAAGUAAAGUUUCGAGGAGCUCUGAGUUGUUUCGGGACAACGCCACCUAGUGAUCACCUUUUUUUUCGCUAGUUCUACAAUACUAAAAUUCCAAUCCAGCCCUUAUUAAAGAUGAUCUUCCGAGUAAUCAAAAUAUAUAUAUUUUUUAAUUUUAAUAUCAUUGUACAUCAGAUCCUUUUGGUGCUUGGCCCCAAAGCACUUCGACUGAUUUCAUCCAAGCUCAUUGUCAUACACUAGAACAGAUUUGAUGUUAAAGAAUUGUCGCUGUAUAUGUUCACUGUAAAAGGGAUAGUUCGCCCAAAAAUUAAAAUUCUGUCAUCAUUUACUCACCUUCAUUUCAUUCCAAAUCCAUAAGAUUUUCAUUUAUGUUCGAAACACCGUUUUUAAAGAUAUUUGCCCAUCUUUUUGUCCGUUCAUUGAAAGUCCACACAACCGAAACAAAAAGUUCAUAAAGAGAUUGUAUAGGUAUGAAUCAAGUGGCUUAAUCCAAGUCUUUGGAUGAAACAUGGCCGCUUUAUGACAGGUUUAUCCUUUUAUUCACUUAUAAAAAUUGAUCAGUUCACAUACACAUAGCUCAUUAAAUAUGGUAAACGUGCUUGCUUGACACAGAGGAACAGUUGGAUUGGACCUCAUUGGAUUGGAUUAAACCACUCAGUUCAUAUGGAUUAUUUUUACGAUGCCAUUAACUUUUUGAAGCGUUUCAAUCGAUGGACAAAACUUUUGAGAGAAUAUAUAUAUAAAAAAAAGUGUUUUGAAGACAAACUCAAGUCUUAUAUGGGUUUUGAGCGACAUAUGCUUUUUUGGGAGGUGAACUAUCUUUUCAAUAAACUGUUUUUCAAUUUAUUUUAAUUCUCAAAUAUGCAAAACAAACAAAAAUUUUGAAAAGGUCUCAUACAUUAUCCCACAGGCAGGCUUUAUGUACUUUCUUUAAAUCUACCGUAUAGGAAUGCUUUACCUCCUCCCUUUGUUUAAAUGAGGUGUGGAUGGUGUGUAGCUGGAUUUUCAAGGCAAAUGAAUACAGAAUGCCAUUAGAUGCACCAAAAACAAACAAGUACAAUUGAACAAAGCCUUCUUAAUUUUAAUAUAUUUUAAUGGUCAGCUUUUAUUACUCAUUGGUUGUCUCAUUUUCAUUCCAGGAAUUUCUCUCUGAAGCAGGGAGUGUCUGCAUACAAAAUGCUCUGCAGUUUUCUGCUUCAUAGAUGCCUCGUCUGCCUCUUCUGCUAUGAGCAUGGGAAGUCCUCGCAGUGCUUUUCCCACCUCUUCCACCUCAGCUUCAGAGCGGAUCGCCGCGCAUGAAAGCGGCACGCCGGGAGAUGUUAGCAGUCGAAGAAAAGCCGAGGUUCUGGCUGCGGAAAACAAGCAUUCCAGCCGAGAAAAAGGUGGCCAGCAGACCCAGCAGCAACACCAGAUGACACCCUCCAAACGGCCUGUCCUCAACAUCUCGCCUCCACCAGAGGACCUGUUCGAUGAGAGUAACAUAUCCUGCCAGGAUGAGCUGCUUCUCGACUCGGAGCAGAGUAACAGCAUCUGGAUGGAAAACUCAGUGUCCAACUUCAGCAUUGUGAGCUCCAGCUCCUACAAUGACAACACUGAAGUGCCCCGCAAGGCCCGUAAGUGCACCCCGCGACAGAAGCCCGGGCCAAAGCCGGUCCCUGCUGAAGAAGCCAGUAUGGAUGUCUUUGAUGCAGAUAGUGCCAAAGGUCCACACUUUGUGCUCUCGCAGCUUGGCCCAGACAGCAAGACCUGUUCCAAAGCAAGCUCGGAUGGACCACAAGCAUCUGGUCUCAAAGGUGGGAUACUGUCUUGUCAGUAUCCUCAGAAAAGUGAAGGGAAAGAACUGAAGAUUGUGGUGCAGCCUGAGACUCAGCAUAGAGCGCGUUACCUGACUGAAGGCAGCCGUGGGUCUGUGAAAGACCGAACACAGCAGGGUUUCCCUACUGUCAAGCUUGAGGGUGUGAAGGAGUCAGUGGUCUUACAGAUUUUUGUGGGCAAUGAUGCUGGACGUGUGAAGCCCCAUGGCUUCUACCAGGCUUGCAGAGUUACAGGCCGUAACACAACUGCCUGUAGGGAAGUGGACAUCGAAGGCACCACUGUCAUCGAAGUGCCUCUGGAUCCCAGCAGCAAUAUGACUCUGGCUGUAGACUGUGUGGGGAUCCUGAAGCUCAGGAAUGCCGAUGUGGAGGCCCGUAUUGGGGUGGCUGGAUCUAAGAAGAAAAGUACCCGCGCCAGACUGGUGUUUCGAGUCAACAUCCCUCGCCCGGAUGGCUCUGUGCACACAUUACAGACCUCGUCGUCUCCCAUACUGUGCACCCAGCCUGCAGGUGUACCUGAGAUUCUCAAGAAGAGUUUGCACAGCUGUUCGGUUAACGGGGGGAGUGAAGUCUUUAUUAUUGGAAAAAACUUUCUCAAAGGAACCAAGGUCAUAUUUCAGGAGAAUGCUUCAGCAGAUGACAAGUCCUGGAAGGCAGAGGCUGACAUUGACAUGGAGUUUUUCCAUCAGAAUCACCUUAUUGUCAAAGUCCCUCCAUAUCAAAAUCCAGCUAUCACAUCUCCUGUAUCUGUUGGUAUCUAUGUUGUUACGAAUGCUGGACGAUCCCAUGAUAUUCAACCAUUUACAUACACUCCAGAGCCAGUUGUCGAUUCUUCUGUGAAAAAGGAAGUCUUGCCUCCAGUGACACCUUGUUGUUUUGAACAAAUGAAAGUAAUCGAUACUGCUUUGAUGACGCCGGUUUUGCCUCUUGUUAAACGAGAAGAGGCCACUCCAAUGGAGGUCUCCAGUAACCCCUCGGCCUUCAAGACCUCUGAAGUCAUCAAUUCCGCCCAGCAAGCCUUAGAUAUGAGUGCUGAGAUCUCCACCAAUAACUGCAAAUUUUCCAGUCCGCUGAUACACCAAACAAGAGAACAGGAUCAAUCUCAGAAUUCUGUCUUUUCCAACAAAGAACCAUUCAGCACCAUCCAGGAACAGAAUCUUGCACCCAGUGGCUCUUUCCAUGUGCCUAAUAAAUCUCUUCUUCAGCAAGGAGUUCAGCCAUUCCUCUUGGAACACAGAGAGAGUCUUGGACAGGAGAGGACAGGCAACAGCGGCAGUUCAGUGGUGGGGCUCUCCCAGAUUGAUGAGAACUCACAGCAGCAGCUCUCACUUCUACCUCCAGAUGAGGUGGCACAACUGGAGCAGGCCGUGCGGCAGUUGCAAGCGAAGGGGUUCUGCAACAUCCAUCUCCAGAGUGAGAAUUCACUGUCAAAACAAAGACACCAUCAACUUCAACAGCAGCAUCAGCAAAUUCAACAACAGCAGCAGCAAAUCCAGCAGCAACAACAGCAAAUCCAGCAUCAGCAGCAGCACAUCCAGCAACAAGAGCAGCAAAUCCAGUUGCAGCAGCAGCAACACCAGCAACAGCAAGCUCUGGAGAACCUUCAACAUCAGCUCUUUCAGCCCCAGGUUCAAAUCCAUUGUACUUCAGAGCAGCAGAGCUCUUCCCAAGGUAUGGUUCAGAAUGGAAGCUCCCUCUUCCAGCAAACCCCAUCACAACAACAGCAGCAGCAACAAGCAUCCUUGUUUCAACAAGCAACUGGCUUUCUUCAGCAGCAACCCAGUCAUUCCUCGCCUUCCCUGUUUCACAACCCUACGGCCAUGACCGAAGCCCAAAGCCCACAGGAGGCUCUUUUCCACUCACAGAAGACCUCACCCAAUCAGGAUCAGGUCCAAGCUUCCCUUUUCCAAAGCAAUCUGACGGUUCUCGGUGGGUCCAACAUGUCUGCGGAAGCUCAGCCCUCUGCAACCAGUAUGUUUCUUUCCCAAAAUGCCAUACCAGGUCAACUUGCUGUUAACGCCGGCCAGCCACAGCAACUAGCCUUUCUCACUUCUAUGCAGACAUCUUCUCUCGAGGCACCAUCUGUAUUUCAGACUCCACCCCAACUGUCACCACAGCGUGCACAACCUGGCUCCAUGUUCCAGAGCAUCUCCCAGUCACCAAGCAAACUCCCCCAUGGUCAGCAGCAGCAGGCUGGCCUACUCCUCGGUUCCUUAAAUUCUCCAGUGACACAAGAGCAAACCUCCAAUCUGUUAUUUGGUGGCCAAGUCCAGAUAGGAUCGAUGAACAACAGCAGCCUAGCUUCUCCAGAACAACAGAACACUUCCCUUCCCUUCUCUCAGGCCGGCAUGGUUACGGUCAGGCAGCAGGAGUCGUCUGAACCCAUGACAUUUCAGGAUCAGACUACUAUGGUGGUCAGCCCCUCCUCGAAUAAGCCCAUUUUCCAAGACCAGCAACCAAUGCAGUUGGCACCAAGUUCUGGUACAGCCCCUUCACAGUCUGUAAACCUCUUCAUGGCCCAGUCCAGCAUUCAAGGGGGAAUGGCUUCUCAAGAACCCCUUUUUGCACAACAGAGUGAUGUAAGCCGAAUUCAGACUAGCACUUCCUCUCCAGUACAACAGCCUGGUCAACUCUUUCAGACCACAGUGAGUGGAAGUCUCAAUCAGCCCAACCAGAAUCAGCAGCCAGACCUAUUCCUCUUUGAGAUUCAGAACGAAUGCAGUCAGCUGAUGAACAGCCAAGGAUCUACACUUUCUGAUCAGAUCAUUGCCAUCAAUCAGUCUGGACAGAGUCAGCAAGAGAGUGAGGGGCAAAUCCAGUCUUUACUUGGGCAGUCCAUGCCAGACCCUGGAACUGUGCAGAGCACUUUGACAACCUCUCAGAACAUGGAGAAGAUUGACGACCUUCUGGUGAGCCUACAGGAGCAAAGCAAUAACAUCUCACACUCCUACUAGGGCUUUCAAGGUGUAGCUGCCCAAAAUCUCCAUUCCAUAUGUGAUUGUAGAUAUUUCUUGCACACGUCUUGGAUAGUCGUGUAUCCUCUAUUUUGAAUAUUUCAAGAAUAUGGAGAUAUUUUGCUCAGACCCCUUAAAAGAAAUAGCAAGACAGAGUAAGUCAUUCACUUUAGACAUUGACACUGAGAAAGUAGAGUCGCCUGUUGAAAGAUCUGUCAGAAUCACAAGUCAAUCCAUGAUCUACAACUUCAGUUUUGACCUGCAAUUCUCCAGAACCCUCUGGAGAACCUCAAUGCAUCUUUUCAAGAGGAGCAUUUCUCUGAGGAACUAACAAAAUGCAACCCAUAUGUUCCUGCUAUAAAGACCGUCAUUAGUUCCGCAGCAACCCCAUCAUAAAUAAAGGCUUUGAGGCAUUUGAAAUAUAUAUUGAAGUUGCUUGAGUACACAGUAGGAUAUUUGAGGCACCUGGAAACCUAGAGAUUCCCCAGAGGGUUUCUCUGGUGUGGCAGUCUGAAGAACUGAAACGCUGCCUCGAGUAUCUCUUUAUUUUUUACAGUGACAGAAAGCAUUUUGAGAAGAUCAGGACACAUGGGAUGACUGCAGUUAUGCCUGAACAUGAUUUGUAGACACUCCACUUUCUCAGUGAGCCUUGGAUAACUUUGUGAUACCGAUUUUUAGCCGUAAACUAUAAUCAAGAAUGCUCGAUAGAAGCAGUCUGCAAUUGAGAUUUUUAUUUUGUAAACAUACAUUAAUACCUUUCUGUCUCAUUACACUUGAGUAUCUAUAAGCUAUUUUCUUUUGGAGAAAUAUUUUAUUCAGUCAAAUGGGGAAAGAAAAUAUCUAAGUGAAAAAAAAACGUGUUUUGGCAUUUUCCUUCUAGCACUUUAUAUAUGUUUUCAGUGUGGUUAGUUACUCCUGACUCAUUGACAUCUCAAAACAUGUUUACUGUAUAACUAAUUCUAGUGUCCUUCAUCUCAGUCUAUUCAGUCUAUUUUAGACUAACCCGUAUAAUUCUACCAAUUAGAAAUGUACAUUCCUGCUUUAAAAAAAAGCAGAUAUCAGUAAUCUGAAAAACAAUUUGCUUCUGAUAUUUAUGUUUGAUUUUGGUUUACACGAGUCAUUUCUUGCCAUCUCAUUUUGCUUGGUGUCUGCUUUGUUUUGCAUGUCUGAGUGUCCUAUAUACAUGCGUAUGUGUGACAUUAUUUUAUGAUAAUACCUCUAAAAGUGUGUCAUUGUUCAAUUUAUUCUUUUACUGAUUCUAAAAUAUUGAUAGUUCAUGCGUAUAUCAUUUUGUGUCAUUGUGAUGGGUUAUUUUAUUUACCAGUGUCUGGUACGCUGGAACAAGGCCGAUUGUUUUUAUUGGCAAAUCAGAAGGGAGUGUCCAACCAGUAUUAUCGACAAGUUCUCUGAACAUGCUGGCAUACAGUAAAUACAAAUGCUGAAUAUGCUGGGGAAGCUACCCUUUAUCUUUUGUAGCAGAAAUAUUUGUUUGUAUCAAUUUUCAAAAUUUAUAGCCAAUAAAUAGCCAUUGGCAUGUCAAAACCGAAGACCAUGUUAAACAUUUGAUCUGCUUUUUCAAAAAAUUGGCCAUUUUUGUGGCUCAGGUGGUUCAAUGUUUGUAUAUUCGGUUAUGAAGUGAGUUUGUUUUGAAUGUAGAGAAACAUUAUGUGAGCUAUGUAUUUCUGGUAAUGUCAAGCUCAUGUAUGUGUUCUAGCAUCAGACGUGAUGUAAAGCUGCCAAACUAGUUUGAAUAUUAGGCUGAUGUGAAGUUAGUUGGCAGAUUGUCUUGUUGUUAGCUUCAGGAUAAAUAUAUACAUUAUGAGGGAGCUGUUCUCUGUAAUGUCACAAAAAUGGCUCAUUUGAGCCUGCUAUGGUAUUCAAUGUCAAAUUUUUGACCAUUUUCUUUGCUCAGAACCUUGGGUGAUUUUUAUGCCUACUUUUUAGUAGAGACUAUUUUAUCCUCUUUUUGGAAAAGUUUUGCUUGAAGGGUGCUCUCGUAUAUCUCUGCAUGGGGAAGAACUGUGAACAGGAACCGAAAAAAGAGUUUUUUUGUGAUUUAUCGUCAUCUCUGUACAAUACUAAUUGUUGUUGCUUUUCAUAAUAGUCCAUAUUUAUGUGAAUAUUUACUUUUUCACCAUAACUCUUUUUAGAAAAUAUUUAUUUUUGUGUCUCAAGAAUUUUCACAAUU